AACCUGGGACAAAAACCAGUUGCUACAGUUGUGUCAAGUGAGGUGACAGUAUCCCCUAGUGGGAAACCAGAGAGGCAGUUUCAAAAGAAUGAUGCUAUCACUGCUUCUCCCAGACACAUUCCCAAACACGGUGUUCCCAAGAGCAACACACUCGGUGCUUUCGGCCGACAAGACUCGUCCAUAACGCUCAGUCCCAAGAGUUCCACUCUACCCAUGGCCGACAAAGCAGUUGAGUCUCCGUUCUCACUGCGAUACAGCUACCCAAUGGGAGACGACAAAAGUAGUUCAAACGACACGAGUGGGCCUCGAAGCGUGACUAAUAGCAGUUCGCUUAAUGAAAGUGGAGCCUACGAUCAACUCAGCUUCACAUCUACUAUGAGAGUAAAUAGUGAGAAUAGAAAUGAAAAGACGAAUGAAAACGACGAGACGAUGAAAAGCCAGCAACCGAAAAAGCAAAUACCUUCUUACGAUCAUUUUAUGGCAAACAGACCUUUGUUCCAACAGAGAACACAGCUAGACUAUGGAAGUAUGAACGCCUUAUAUGAGAACCACAACAGACUUUUGGUGUCUAGUUAUCCAAACAUUUCGACCAGCGAAUAUCCACAAUUUUUUGGUGGACACUACAUAAACGCGCGAGACUAUGGACGCAGAACACCACCACGUCACGUGAUCCAACACGAUAGGCAUUCUUCGGUUAAUAAUCCGCUGAAUGUAGACUCGAAUCGCUACAACUACUUCGAUAACCUAGCGGCCUUAGGAGAGGAGCAACGGGAGGGUGAAAGGCGAGAAAUCACAAUGGGUGGAUGUUUGCAUUGUGGCGCUCAUUCGGCAGGCGUUCAGCAGUCAACUGUAAAUAGAAAUACUUCGCUAUCGUUCAGUAGAAACAGAGAGGAACAUUCGUCGUCAAUGUCACCUCACGAGUCGCCGCUCCAUCACGCAGUGAGCUCUCCUGAGCUUAAUAUAAACGGCAACUGUCCCUGCCAGGGUCACGUGUUUUCAAACGGCCCAACUUCUCGUGGAGCUCAUGGAUACGACCAAGAACGUAACCGUCCUGGGAGUGAACAACUUCGCCGACCAAGCUGUCAACAUUGCAAUAGACAAACGGAAGCGACAUCUCCAGCUAGAGAAUAUCGAAACACGCAUCAGGAGGAUCCUAUGUUGCAACAGACGCAUUUCCACCCUCAGCCCAUGUACUCCAACUUCUACUCGAAGAAGAUGUUCAUCAGCACUCCUGAGUUGUACCACGGACACUCCGUCAGCAAUGUCGAAUCCACUGUUGCAGCAGCAGCAGCGAACAAUAAUGGAGACGAAAGAGGAGGAGGUUAUGAUCAAGGAGUCAGGAAACGACACUCGGCUGCAUUGACGUCGAAUCAGAGGUAUUUGAUGACGUAUAGAAAACAGUCGGAGCCUUUGCCACCCGUCGCUUGGCACGGGAAUGGAAGAAGUCACAGACCAAAUGCAAUGGCACCUUCUGAGCAUCAUCAACCUACGAUGGGAAAUUUGAGUAGCAAUGCAAGACCGGUGUCUCCGCAACUUGUUUCACACAAGUCGUUCGAAAACUUAGCCGAUACAGCCGAAGUUCAAUUUGCAGAAUCAGUUGAUAAAACUCCUAGGUCUAGUUUUAACCAGCAGCCAACGGAUUAUCACACGGCACCGGUACAAGUAAUUAGCAGUCAUCAGAAGCUAUCAGUUGCUGGAAACAACGCGAAUAAUUCAACCUGGAGUAUCAGUCCGCUAGCUAAGUUCAAAAGUACAGAUCAACUGGAUAGGUUCAGUGAUUAUGAUGGUGAUACGCAUCCGUACAGUGACCCCGAAAGACUGGAACUUCGUCGGAAUAACCCAGCGUUCCAGGGUGAUACGAGACGUAGCUAUAUGGAGAGAAAAUUGAUUGAGGGUUCGUUGCGACAUGAGUUCGGAGCAGUUCAGGUUAUGAAAAGCACUGCGAAGUUUUCAGUGGCCAAGAUGAGUGAAAAUUACAACAGAAAUCGGUUUUCAGAGUGCCUGCCUUAUGAUGACACGAGAGUGAAAUUGAGUCCCUGCAGGGAGUUGAACAAUCAUGUUGGAUACAUUAAUGCCUCUUGGAUCAAAACAAAAAUAGCGGGAACCACUUUCAGAUACAUCAGCACACAGAACCCAUUGGAUGGAACGUGUGUGGACUUCUGGCAGAUGGUGUGGGAGAAGCAAGCUGCCCUGAUAGUCAUGAUGUCCCCCCAAACUCCUGGACAAGACCCCCAUCCUCACCCCACGAACGGACAAUGGGAAGGGGAUAACGACACAGAACAUACAAUGGACACCCAGUCCAGCUACUGUGCCAGGUACAAGCCAUACAAGGCUGGAGAGACGGUGGAGUUCGGAUAUAUUUCAGUGAAGGCCGAGAAUGUGCAAUUGACAGAAUAUUGUAUCGCAACUACUCUGAAGCUAAACAACAGACGAGAGAUGGAGAGCAGGGUGGUGUGGCAUCUGCAGUUCCUGGAAUUACCCCUCCUCCUCCCUCCCAAACCCCCCUCUCAGUCGCCGAACAAGGCAAAGCUACAGCACCUCUCCUCUCCAGACCUCAUAUCCAAGUUCAUCCGAUUCCUCAACGAAGUCAGGUCGAUCCGGCAACACUUGCGUGAAGAGGGAAUCGACUCACUUCCUCUGGUGGUCCACUGUGCUACUGGGAGUGGAGGUAGUGGCGCAUUCAUGCUCUCCGAAAUCAUGCUCACCCUCAUAGAACAUGAAGAGGUCAUUGAUGUACAGAGGGUACUCACGUUUCUUAGAUACCAACGUCCAGCGAUGGUAGACAAUUAUUUGUACUACGAGUUCGUAUACAGAGUACUCAUCCAGUCACUCGCUCUUGUCAGACUCAUUUGAACUUCACACGGAAAUAGCGAAAACAGUGCAUUAGAUAAGAGCUUUGCCCUUCUCAAUAUUCUAUCUUUCAUGUUUCAUAAAUUGUAUCGACGAAAAAAGUGAUCCGAAAUUGUUCCAAAGAGCUAAAAGAUGAACGUUUGCCACGACUCUAGUUUGAAGGAGCGUGAAAUCCGAAGGCAGUGAUCAGAAUUGAAAACUAGACAAGAUGUUAUUGUGUAAUUUUGUAAUUGAUAUGAAUUAUUUUAAUCAGAUGCCUAACUUUUCUGUAUAUUUUAGAUUAUUUUACUUUAGAAUUGGUUAAUGAAAUAAUCUACUUAAUCAGGACUUCUUGACUUAAACACAUGUCAAUCGCUGUUUUCAGUUCAUAUCAAGAAUGCAAUAUUUUCAAGAGCUACCCAGUAAAUGAUUUCAUUAUUUCUAAUUUUAUUCAAUAUUUUAUUUUAUUAUGCAGAGACGUCUUAGCGGUGUCUGUUCUUAGAGAAUAUUGCUGUGCCAUUGCUGUAUCAUUUUACACUGUAAAUAUUUCUAUUUGGUUGAAUGGUUUAUUGACUUGUGAUGUGAAAACCUGAUACUUGGGUUACGGUAUAUCUAUUGUACAAAAAAUCGGGUAAAUUUGUAUUGAAAACCGUUUUUAUUGAAUAACUAUUCAAAAUGCUUUGAAGGUGCUUAAAAUACCGUUUUAUCGACCACUAAAAUUUUUUACGACCUUUCUUAUCACAUAUCUUUCAUAUCAACUACACGUGCUUAGUUAUCAACUACGGCUUUGAUUAUGAAGUUUAGUUUAAACGAAAUUUGAAUUUGAUAAUAA